UUUCACAAGCCAAAGCCCAAGUAUUUUAAGGUGCGAUUAUACCAGCGUUAGUCCAUAGGAUUUCAGCAGAAAUCCGCAGUUAAGCGCGUUUAGUUGGGAAUAAUUAGUGAGAUGGGUGACCUCCAGAGAAAUCCAGAGAUUGCACCGUUGAAAGAUAAAAAUAAAAAAAAUAAAACACUUUCCAGUGAAGUUGGGAGAAUGCAUUACAUCGUAAAGCUUUUACGAUAUGAGCCAACGUACGCGCACUGUUUUAAUUUGAUUGGAAGCUUUUCUGAUUGAAAAUGUGUGGAGGGGUGGUAAUUGUUGGAGCAGGGCCUUCCGGCCUGCUGCUUGCCCAUUUGAUCCUCUCCAACCCUCGUCCCCAACUUCUUCCUGUUCGCAUUUUCGAGUCCAGGAGCGACCCUUCUCUUCCGAUUCCUACCUAUAAGACGAGGCAAUAUUGUGUGGGCUUAAGUGCUAGAGGCCGCGAUGCGAUCAGUCAUGUAGAUAACCUAUGGGAAGCAGUACAGGAAAAAGGUGUUCCUACCUCUCAGUUUGUAAUCCAUACUGGCUCUAGAAGCAUUCCGUUGAAACGCAAUCCUGAGAAACCGUCCCUUCUAAUAAAUCAAAGAUUACUAGCUGGUACUCUUAUUUCUGAGUUGAGGAGCCGAUAUCCACAGGAUCAGUUGGAGAUUCUCUUUGAGAAGCGCUGUGUUUGGGCAGACUUUGAUGCUCAUACUGUGACAUUUGGCAGUAGAAAUGAGGAACCUACCCAGUACAAUUUGCUUGUUGGGGCUGAUGGAGUCAGAUCUACCGUUAGAGAGGAAUUCAUCAGGCAGAGGGGUUUUAACUAUCAACAAAUAAACAUGCCUUACACAUUUAAAGUUCUUAAUGUAUCAAGGCCACGAGAUUUGUCUCCAAAUGCGGUGCAUACAUUUAGAAGAUCAAAAGAAGAAAUAGAGGGAAAUCAGAGCUGGUUUAGCUUUCUUAAUUUCUUGGGUCGUGCUAGAGGUUCAUCAGUCAGAUAUGGUUGUUUUCCUGCAUUGGGUGAUGAGAUGUCUGUACUGAUUGAGUGGACACCAUCAUCAACUCCAAAAGAUCUGUUAAAAAUAAUUUCUCCAAUAGAGGUUCUCUCUCAAACUUAA